AUGAAGGAAAAGAUCUACAAGGCAUUUACUCGAGAAGGCGGCGUGAUGCUUUCUCCAGAGGCAUUGGAGUAUCUUGAAGGCAGCAUCAGGGGAGAGGCAAUGCUGAAGGGUGUGUCUACAGAAUACAUACGGAGAAACGGGCCUGAGCUUGCCGACCUAUGUCUAAUUCGGGAGAUUGUGGAAUCCUUUGAUGCCAAGCAAGAUAUUUACAACAUCUUAAACCAGGAGUUCAGAGAACCAAAUAGCCUAUUGAAGUACAGACGCCUGGUGGAAAAAAUGGGAAGGGAGAUUACGCCUAUAUACCUGCUGGGCGACGAAUGCAGCACCAUCUUUGGAUGUUAUUAUAAAGACAAGGACGGGAGGGAAGUUCUCGAGGACGACGGAGAUGUGAUUCCUCUGGACAUGAGUGGAUGCAGCGGAGACGUAUUUCUCUGCGACAACAUUUUUAUUGGAAUAGAGGGGAAAAAGACGGACGGGAGAUUUGUAGGGCUGAAAGUGCAUCUCCCUGGCAUAGAUAAAGGGGUCUGCAGGAUGCCUAGGCUGGCGGAGAAGGAUCUCAAGGUAUUGUUUUUUUCCGACUUUCAAAUGAGCGAAAUUAAUGGAAGAAUCCUAAGAAAGAUUCUGAGCAAAGUACAGGCAGACAUUGUUGUAAUUAUGGGGAAGCUCUGUCUUGGAAGACUCUCUAGCAUUUCGUACACCAACUUUGUAAAUGGGUUCAGGCUAAACGGCAUCCGAACGCAGGUUCCAGACAUCAUUCUCUGUCCGGAUGCAGACGAUGUCUAUCCAUCAUUUCUUCCAAAGGAAAUACAGGUGCCAGAAGAGUGUAGUAAGGUCAUCAAGGCCGCAAGUAAUCCGUUUACACUCGAAACCAGAAGAUGUUCAAUAGGAGUUAUUAGAGAGGAUAUAUUCAAAUAUAAGGAGAGGGGUGUUUUUAUUGGGAGAAAUUACGUAGAUUCCUUUGUGGAGACCGUUCUGUCGCAAUCCAGCUUUAACCCAUUUGGAAUUUCGAACCUAGAUGUCGAUAGAACCCCUGAUGUAUUUGUUGUAGGGCAGGAUUUCUAUCCAUUUGUUACAUCAGUGAAGGGAGUGACAUUUAUUUCCUGCCCCAGCUUCAAGGACGAAAUGUCCUUCGUAUCUUAUGACCUUUCUUCUGGGGAUGCCACUGUUCUUAACUCUAAGCAUGUUCUAACGUAG